AUGCAAAAAAACCUGCUAUAUUCCGGGCUAUUAAUCAAAAAAAUUAUACCCCUGAUGAAUUGCAUCUGCUUUUACGUAUAUCAGAUAUAUUAAUGGAAUGCUUUUUUAACAAUUUGACUAAACAAAAAGAAUUUAAAAAAAAAUUAAAGCCGACUAUUGAAGCAGCAUUCAAAGAUCUCUCAAUUCGGUUAGAGUUUUUUAAAUCAGAAAUUUAUCAGUAUAAAGUUGACGCAGAAAAUUGGGUUCGAACUUUUUGCUAUCCAACACAGGGUUAUAUAAAUUUUUUACAAAAUCCUGGACUUUAUCGGAAGGCAAACGUAACACCAUAUAUGCAUGUGUUCGCAAAACAUGUGCCUUUAUUUAUGCAACAAUUAAAAGCAAAAGGUCUUUCAUUACAAAUUUUUUCUACUUCAAGCAUAGAAAAAAAAAAUCAUAACAGAGGUACUAUUAUGGGAGGAGGAAACAAAGAAAAAUCUGUCAUUUAUGAUAUUAUGUCUUAUGAAAAUCGACAGCUUUUUUAUUUAACUAACAGUAUCCCCAAAGAAAUCACUGCUAGAAAUAUAGAUGCAAAUAAUAAGGAAAAUAUUGCAUUCAUUAGUAAUCUGGCCAAGAAUAACUAA